AUGAAGAAAGUGAAGAGAAGAACCAAAAGUGGUUCUGAGGAUGAUUCGGAGGAUCUACCGGGCUGUGGUUGGUGCCCGGGUCCUCGCCAGUUGACAGUCGUCUCUGCUCCGAGCAAGAGACGCAAGGGGAAGCGCGGAGAAGGACGAAACGAGAUGGAAAUGGAUGGAAUGGAUGAAAAUGGGCGAGAUGCCCCUGUCGGAGGUGUUGAUGAUGAGAGUUGGGGAGAGGAAGAAAGGAAGAUUGGAAGUGGUGGAAGAAGGGAAGAGGAAAAGGAAAAGGAUUGUUGGUGGUGGUGGUUGAUAGUAGGUGAAGUAGAGUAG